CUAACGUAUCUAUCAAAAUGUAAAUCCAAAACAUACUGCAAUAGGAUUUUUGUUAUGGUUGGUUGGUGCUACAUUGUUUGUAGACAAGACUCAUAAUGCAGUGAAUGGACAUUUUUUACCUUUUCUAAUGAAUUUAGAAGGGGUUAGUAGUUAUGCCUGGGGUGCUGCAACUUUAGCUUAUAUAUAUCGUCAGCUCGGAAAGGCUUCACGAUUUCAAACUAAGCAAAUAUGUGGUUGUUUGACAUUACUUCAGGCAUGGAUAUAUGAAUAUUUUCCAAGAUUUAGGCCAACGGAAAAUGGGAAUUGGGCGAAACAACCCCCAUAUGCUGCAAGAUGGGUACCUGGAAAGAUGAAAAAGACGAAUGAUGAUUUACUAAUUUAUAGAGCUGCGUUAGAUUGCAUGACGGUGGAUGAGGUUACUUGGACCCCCUUUACAAGAGAUCCGAGCAAAGAUGUUCCAAUUUCGCGAUAUUGUGGAAUCAUUCACUGUCGGACCAUUACUGAGCCAUACAUGCCUAUUCGAGUUUUAAGACAAUUUGGAUAUGUUCAAGUGAUACCUCCAUGUCCUUUUGUUCCUAAUAAAGUGUAUAGGGGAUCCAAUAUACAUAAAUAUAAUUGUGUACAUGAUCCGAUGAUUACAAAUUGGAGAACAUGGCAACAACAUUUGAUGCAACCUGGUAUUCUUGGGUCUUUUCGUGCUCGUUUUACCACAGAGGUUGCUGAUAAUUAUAUAAGUUGGUUUAAGGAUCGCACACAUCCUAAAGUACAACAUAUCACAGGGCCAACUCCGAUGUCGCAACCUAUCCCAUUCAAUGAGAUGCCUGAUAGAGCGCGCUUGCAAUACUUGGGUGCACGUGCAUAUCCACUUCAUCCAGAGAUACGCGAUAGGACUGAUAAAGAAACAUAUUAUCGAUGCCUCAACGAGUUGACUAUUGCUUUGGAAGAUUUAAUGCCUGAACUCGAAGACGAUCGUCGUCGAAGAGGCUCAGUCAUGCAUAUGGUCAUGGUGAUAGUUUACAUGGUAAUUGAUGAUUGUAUUUUUAUUGUCUUAGUUAGUCGUUAUGAAAUUUAGUAGUUUUAAAUAUUAGUGUUUGGGAUUUAUUUUUAAACAUGUGUGUUUAAUCUUAUAUUUUUUGUUCCAUAUGUUACCAUCUUGAUCAAUUAUUUGGUUGAUGUCGCCACCUAUA